AUGGACGUAUAUCGUCAAGCAGUGGAGAUCAUUAGUAUCGUCCGAAAUGGCAAUGGAACUGCGAAGGCGCUUUGUUUAUGCAAGGAGAUUCAGAAGAAAAGGCAAACCUACGCCGUGGUCUGUGAAACACUACGGCACUACGAGCUCCUUGAGGAUGUCUUGGCGGUCUCAGAAUUUUUCAAGUACUACCCCAAUGCAAACCGUGAGCUCGCGUUGUGCAUGGCGUACGAUACCGUUUUAGGCAAAGGCGUGAAUACCAAGAGGGAUAGCACCGCCACGGCGAUCCAAAGCUCCGCCUCGUACCUGCGUGAGGCUUAUUGGCAGGUUCACAAACACCAUCACAUUCCACCCCGCGCCGGCACCAUCCCAGACGAGGAGGACGAGGGAAAGGAUGCAAACCGGCGUCCAGGAAGCCACAAACUUGGCACUGGAGAGGCCGGUAGGGCGCAAACGCAUUCAGCCCCCGGCACCUCGCAAGGGGUCAUGCGCGUACCGCGAUACGCGCGUAUUAACACCUUGAAGAUCGAGGCCGAGACGCUUAUUACGCGACUUCGGCAUUCAAUGAGUUCCGGCAUGGGCGAGGAGGGGGGUAUAGUUGGGGUGAAGCGCUCACGCGAGGCGGAAGACGCUGUGGCAGAAUCCCAGCCGGCCCGCCGGCGGAGGGCUGGGGCGCCGCGUCGUCUCGUCCUGCCCGACUUCGCGGUGGAUCCCAUAAUUCCCUCUUUGUUGGUCUUCCCGCCCGGAACCGACCUCCACGCCCACCCUGCCGUCCGAAGUGGACAGCUCGUCCUCCAGGAUCGCGCCUCCUGUCUGCCUGCGUGCGUUUUGCUCGAUGCCGUUCCGGUUGUGAGGCCUUUUGAAAAGACCUUGGGGAAGCCCGCCGAGGAGGAAAAGGCACCUCUGGAGUACGUCAUUGAUGCCUGCGCGGCGCCGGGGAAUAAAACCUCUCAUCUGGCGGCGCUCGGGGCGCCCAAUAUUAAAAUUAUGGCGGUCGAGUGCGAUGAACGGCGAGCAACGGUGCUUCAGCGGAGGAUGCAGACCCUCAGUGCGGUGGACUACGUCAACGUUGUGAAUAUGGAUUUUUUAAAUCUUUCGUCUGAUGACCGAGAGGCAACGGAGGGGAUUUUGCUCGACCCAAGCUGCAGUGCGAGCGGCGUCACGACGCGCGUCGACGUCGCCCUCAUGCACCACCGUCGACAUCACCCCAGGGAGGAGCGAACCAAGGACGAUACACCGAGGUUGGAGGGCGAUGCAAGCCAUAAUUCCCUCACUAAUGGACCCUAUGAAAGCGCAGGGACAAUUAACCCGGAGGAGCAGAGCAAUACCUUUUCCUCCGAUUCGGAGCGCGUCAGGAAGCUCGCCUCGCUACAGCGAAAACUUCUCGCCCACUCGUUGCUUUCCUUUAACCAUUGUCGUACCGUGGUGUACUCCACCUGCUCCGUGCAUGAAGAGGAAAACGAAGGGGUCGUGCGCCAAAUCCUUUCGGACUCCCGCGUUCAGGAACGAGGUUGGCAGCUAAGUAAUAUUAUGCCUAAUACCUGGAAAACGCGCGGCAUCCGAAGGCCUGACGAUAGCUUUCCAAUAGACUUUACAAUUCGUUGUAAUCCUGUUGUGGAUGCCACAAAUGGAUUUUUUGUUGCACGGUUCGAUCGACAGUUGUAG